AUGAAGCUGCAGUCCUGCUCCUUCACAAUUUCUUGGUGGAAGACAAUAUGUUUUCUUGUGACAGAAAAUGGAUCCAGCUGCUCCUCCUCCUCCUCUUCUUCUUCUUCUUCUUCUUCUUCUUCUUCUUCUUACGCUUCUUUUCCACGCGGCUUUGGCUUCCCCUCAGAAAAGGCGCGCGGGUGGGGAUGCGGGGGUGAGGGUGGCGGCCUUGCUCCUUAUCGGAGGCGCGCACAGGGAAGGCCGAAAUCCACCCUCAGACGGCGGAGCCGGCGGGCUGGGCGGGUGGCGUCCGACGGCCUUCUCGGGGGCGCGCCCGUUGGAGAAGCACGGCGGGCGGCCGCAACGGAAGAGAGAGAGAGAGAGAGAGAGAGGAGAGGCGCGGCGCUUGAGGCGACGGACCGAGCGGGCCUUGGGAGGACGCGGCGUCUCCCCUCAGCCUCACAUCGGAGAAUUGAACCGGCCGGCCGGCUCCGCGGCUCCUUCCCCGGUCGCUUCGCCUCCGCGCUCUCCCCGUCCAACGGGGGCAGGCUGGCAAAAAAAAAAAAAAAGGCGGCCGCCCGUUUGCUCGCUUGCCCGCCCGCCGCUCCCUCGAAGUUGGACGCGCGCGCCAUGGACAGCUCCGCCGUGCCGGAGAACCGCACGGCCGCUGGGCGCCUGCUGCUGCUGCUGCCGCCGCCGCUGCUUUUCGCCGGGAACGCGACGCCCGAGCCCGCCGGUCCCGAUGCCGUCCCGGCUCUUUGGGCGGCGUCGCCGUCGCCGUCGCCGCCGGGCUUGGUCCCUUUGGAGAGCGGCGUCGAAGCUCCCUCCUGGGACGGGACGCUGAACCACGGGCUGAGCGUCUUCGUGGCGCUGGCGCUGGGGGUGACCAUGCUGGGCCUGGGCUGCACGGUGGAGCUGAGCCAGCUGGGCGCGCAGCUGAGGCGGCCGCUGGGCUUGUGGCUGGCGCUCCUCUGCCAGUUCGGGCUGAUGCCCCUCUUGGCUUUCCUGCUGGCCCUCCUCUUCGCCCUCGACGAGGUGGCCGCCGUGGCCGUCCUGCUCUGCGGCUGCUGCCCCGGAGGGAACCUCUCCAACCUCAUGUCCUUCCUGGUCGACGGAGACAUGAACCUCAGCAUCAUCAUGACUGCCUCCUCCACCUUGCUGGCUUUGAUCUUGAUGCCUCUUUGUCUGUGGAUCUAUAGCCGAGCUUGGAUCAACACCCCAUUGGUGCGCCUGUUACCCCUGGGGGCCGUCACCCUGACCUUGUGCAGUACUCUGCUCCCCAUUGGCCUUGGGGUUUUCAUCCGCUACAGAUACACAAGGCUGGCGGACAUUCUGGUGAAGAUCUCUUUGUGGUCUCUCCUGGUGACCCUGGUGAUCCUUUUCAUUCUCACUGGCACCAUGCUGGGUCCUGAGCUUCUGGCUACUAUUCCUGCCACCGUAUACGUAGUAGCUGUGCUGAUGCCUUUGGCAGGCUACGGCUGCGGCUACGGGGUAGCGACCUUGUUUCGCUUGCCCCCGCACUGCAAGCGGACGGUGUCCUUGGAAACCGGCUGCCAGAACGUCCAGCUCUGUACCGCUAUCCUCAAGCUGAGCUUCCCGCCACAGUUCAUUGGGAGCAUGUAUAUGUUUCCCCUACUCUACGCGCUCUUUCAAUCUGCUGAAGCCGGGCUGUUCGUACUGGCUUACAAGAUAUAUGGAAAGGAUUUGUACAAGCAAGAGCCUCUGGGAGGAGACAGCGAAGAGGAUACAGACAUUUCUUACAAGAAACUGAAGGAAGAAGAAACCCCAGAAAUUUCUUAUGGCACAGUAGCUGCUGGGGAUCAUGGUCCAGGGGCUAUGGAGGUGACAGACCGUCCUCUACAAGGAGAGGAGAUCUUAAAAAGAACAUCCCGUGUUGAAAUAAACUGGUCAGCCGAGUAGGAGAAACAACAGGGGUGCUGAGCAUUUGUUGUGAUGUUGUCUUUUUUUCACUGCGCUCGGAAGUAAUUGUUUUCAGAAACUGCACAACUGUAUAAACCUCUUCAACCUCGGAAAAUGAUGCCGUCAUCCCACCAGAUAAGGCAAAGGAACAGGAGAGGAAGGGAGAAGGAGAGAGAGAGAGAGAGAGAGAGAACAUAUUGAUGAAUGUAUUUGAUAACUGUAAACCAUCAUCAAUUGCAUUUGCUGUUUU